ACAAGUAUGAAUAAGUGUUGUCUGCAGGCCAAAUUAGCCCCAUCUCUACUGAUCAUGGUCAACAGGAGGUUAAACUAUUGGGAUUCUGAUUUUGAGGAUGAGGUCAUCAACAUCAAUGUUGGGGGCCUGAGAAGGAGACUCAGUUCGAGUGCCCUCUCCAAAUUUCCUGACACUCGGCUCGGGCGCUUGCUUUCCUGUGACUCUGAAGAGUCCAUCCUGCAGCUGUGUGAUGAUUAUGAUGUGAGUGCCAGGGAAUUCUACUUUGAUCGGAAUCCUGGCUUCUUCCUAUAUGUGCUCCAUUUUUACCAGACUGGCAAACUGCAUGUUAUGGAGGAACUGUGUGUCUUCUCCUUUUGCCAAGAGAUAGAAUACUGGGGCAUUAAUGAAUUCUUUCUGGAUUCCUGCUGCAGCUAUCGCUAUCAUGAAAGGAAACUGGAGAGACAUCAUCACAACUGGGAUGAGGAAAGUGAAGUUAGCAGUGUGGAUACAUCCCCAGAUGAGAUCUUAGAUUUCAAUCAUGACCUGCUUCGCUAUAGUACGCUCCGCUGUGGCAAUCUGCGGAAGCGCCUUUGGCUCACCAUGGAAAAUCCAGGAUACUCCAUCCCAAGCAAACUCUUCAGCUUUCUAUCUAUCAGUGUUGUGCUGGUUUCCAUAUCUACCAUGUGUAUUCACAGCAUGCCAGAAUACCAGCAGCUUGAUGAGGAGGGCAACUUGAAGGAUGACUCUGUGUUGCAAAACUUGGAGUAUUUCUGCAUCUCCUGGUUCACAUUUGAAGUUACUGCCCGCUGGCUUUUGGCUCCAAACUUGAGGAAGUUUUUCAAGCAUCCCCUCAAUUUGAUUGACAUUAUCUCAGUGUUGCCUUUCUAUUUCACCCUCUGGGUAGACGUGACCACGGAGACAGAUUCAGAACUGGGAAAUUUGGGUAAGGUGGUGCAAGUGUUUCGUCUUAUGAGGAUAUUCCGAGUGCUUAAGCUGGCAAGGCAUUCAACAGGUCUGAGGUCUUUAGGAGCAACCUUGAAGCAUAGCUACAGAGAAGUGGGAAUUCUUCUCCUAUACUUGGCUGUUGGGGUGUCUGUUUUCUCUGGAGUAGCCUACACUGCAGAAAAGGAGGAAGACGUUGGUUUUGACACUAUUCCCGCUUGCUGGUGGUGGGGAACAGUUAGCAUGACAACUGUAGGCUAUGGGGAUGUGGUACCAGUGACUGUCGCCGGCAAGCUAGCAGCUUCUGGUUGCAUCCUGGGUGGGAUUUUGGUUGUGGCACUGCCUAUCACUAUCAUCUUCAAUAAGUUCUCCCAUUUCUACCGCCUGCAAAAGGCCCUGGAAGCUGCUGUGCGAAACAGUGACAAGAAGGAACUGGAGGAAUCUGAGAAUUACCCAAGCCAAGAAUCUGAUGCUUUCAGUGAAGUUUACCAGAGAGAUGAAGAUCUCACCAGGAACAUCCUUCCAGUCUACUGA